AUGAGUAGUGACUAUGAACCACUUGAAAUAAUAGGCAAAGGAUCGUAUGGGACAGUACGCAAGGUUCGCAAUAAACUAGACAAUUCAAUUCUUGUUCGUAAAGAAAUUGAAUAUAAAUCAAUGAAUGCCCAAGAAAGAAACCAAAUAAUAUCAGAGCUACGUAUAUUAAAGGAGUUAAACCAUAAAAACAUUGUGAAAUACUACAAGCAUGAUCAUAUACUAAAUUCCAAAACAAUACAUAUAUAUAUGGAGUAUUGCUCGGGAGGUGAUUUAUCCCAAUUGAUCAAGGAUUUUAAAAAUAACAAAGAAAAUGUACCUGAAGAGUUCAUAUGGCAAGUUUUGGUACAAACCUUGUUAGCUUUGUAUCGAUGCCAUUAUGGGUCUGAUGCUCCAAAAGUAGACUUGUUCAAUCAUUCACUCCAUGAUGAUAAUGGUAGACCCCAAAUCAACUCAGAUUCUGUAAUAAUUCAUCGUGAUAUCAAACCCGACAAUAUAUUUCUUGAACACGGUGUGCUCAAGGUGGGGGACUUUGGAUUAGCGAAAAUGUUGACUACUUCAAAUGACUUUGCCAAAACAUAUGUUGGAACACCUUAUUACAUGUCUCCUGAAGUGUUGAUGGAUGAACCGUAUCUGCCAGUUUGUGAUGUUUGGUCGUUGGGAUGUGUUCUAUAUGAGUUGUGUAACCAACAGCCACCGUUCCAAGCAAAAACUCAUUUACAACUUCAGGCAAAAAUUAAACGUGGAACAUUUCCACCAAUAUCAGAUUUCUAUUCCGUUCAGCUAAGAUCCAUUAUUAGGGAAUGCAUAACUGUUGAUCCUGAACUCCGUCCUACAUGUUAUGACUUGAUUAAUUCAUUGAGCAUAAAGUUUUUGCGAAAGGAAAUGGAAUUGAAAGAGUAUAAUCAGACGCUAAACACACUAAAGUAUGAACUAAUCAACAAGAGUGAAGAGUUGAAAAAGAAGGACCAGUUUAUACAACUACGGGAAAACAGAUGCAAGGAAAAAGAGUUGAAACUAAAUGAACGCGAAGACAAGAUAAAUGACAAGGAGAACCAGUUGCAUAAAAUAGAGGAUACCAUGAUUGAAGAAUUCAAUCUUAAGAAACAAGCGCUUGAUUUAGAAGCAAAAGAAGUAAGGUUAGCAUACCAAAAAGAAUUUUGGACAGUGGUUGAAAAUGAAGUCAAUGACCGAUUGAAAUCGAGACCUAGAGGGCCACGCGAUUUUGAAGAUAUGAAUAUUCUACGAAUGAGGAAUUUAAACACAACUAGUGGAACGCCAAAGUUCAGAGUUACAGAUGAAUAUGAACGACAGAAAAAUAUGGAAAUACGUAAGUACCGAAUAAAUUAA